AUGCCGCCUCUCCCGAUUGCUGAAGCCGCGGCGGCUCCCGGGGUGGCUGCCAGGAAAUCAGUGCUGCCCCGCGGCGCGGUUUUCGUCCAGCUGGGGUACGAGGCGCGCUUCCGGCGAAGUCCGGAGACCAGGCCGGGGCGCGGCGGCCUUUCUCCCGGGGACCCGCGAGUUGGCGAAAACUCCGCCCCCGGUGCUCCGCAGCUCCGGGAAGAUCGUGGGCCCAGCCAAUGGAAGCGCGAAAAGGGGGAGCAUUGGAUCUCCACGCACCCCGAGUGCAGAGGCCGCUCGGCUUUGUCUGCAGGCGGGGGCAGCGCUGGGCUGGGGGCGCCGGUGCUGCGGCCCGGCCCGGCGAGGGCCAAGCAGGAAACCUCGCGCCCCGAAAAGGCAGCGGGCCGCCCGCUCCCGUCCCCAAACUCGGGCCUGGGGCCCCUGGAGUCCCGGAUCCGAGCUGCGCGGACCGGGGACCUCGCCAAACCCGCGCUGGGCGCCGAGUCUUUACCAGGAGCUCGCACAUCGGGAGUCUGGCAAAGCGCUAAACUGAAGGCGGGAACCAAGCGCGGCCGCUUUAAGAGCACGGAGUGCGCGCCCCCGCCGCCGGCUGCCCCGGGCUGCGCGCCGCCGCCCGCCCCUCUGAGCGCCUUUGUGCUCGCCUCCCCGUCCUCCCGCCGGCUCCGACCUGGGGGGCUCCGCGCCGCCCCCGACUCCGCCCGCCCCUUCCCCGCGCGCAAACAUGCCUCCGUCCCUCCCCGGGCCCUGGAAGGAGCUGCCCGCCUGAAGCCCGGAGAAGCCGCGCCGCGCAGCGCUAAGCCCCGCCGCCGCCGCCGCCGCUGCCGCCGCCACCCGCCGGCCGGCUCUCCGGCUGCGCCGCGCCGCGGACUCAAGUUGGGGGUCCUCGGCCGCCCGCGCCCCCUGCCCGCCCCGAGCCCAGGCGCCAGCCGAAAGCCGCGCUUCUCCGCCGAGAGGAUCGUCCCCGGCGUGGCUCUGUUCCGGGGACUCGCCGCCCGGCGCGGGGCCCGCGGAGCGCCCAGGCUCAGCGAGCUUGCGCGGAAGCUGGAACUUACUCCACAAGUUUACCGGCCUCCCUCCUUUCGAUGUGCGUUUUCGGACAUGCGGAGGUUACUGGAACCGUGUUGGUGGAUUUUGUUCCUGAAAAUCAGCAGUUCCGUGCUCCAUUAUGUCGUGUGCUUCCCGGCAUUGACGGAAGGCUACGUGGGAGCCCCGAAGGACAGCAGACGCGGCAGCUCUGUGCAAAUCCGCAGGCGCAAAGCUUCUGGUGACCCUUACUGGGCCUACUCGGGUGCCUAUGGUCCUGAGCACUGGGUCACAUCCAGUGUCAGCUGCGGAGGCCGUCACCAGUCGCCCAUAGACAUCUUAGACCACCAGGCCCGCGUCGGAGAGGAGUACCAGGAGCUGCAGCUGGAUGGCUUUGACAGCGAGUCUUCUAACAAAACCUGGAUGAAAAACACAGGGAAAACAGUUGCCAUCCUUCUCAAAGAUGACUAUUUCGUCAGUGGUGCUGGCCUGCCUGGCAGAUUCAAAGCUGAGAAGGUGGAAUUUCACUGGGGCCACAGCAAUGGCUCUGCGGGCUCGGAACACAGUGUCAAUGGCAGAAGGUUUCCGGUGGAGAUGCAGAUUUUCUUUUACAAUCCAGAUGACUUUGACAGCUUUCAAACUGCAAUUUCUGAGAACAGAAUAAUUGGAGCCAUGGCCAUAUUUUUUCAAGUCAGUCCGAGGGACAAUUCUGCACUGGAUCCCAUUAUCCAUGGGCUGAAGGGAGUUGUUCAUCAUGAGAAGGAGACCUUCUUGGACCCUUUCGUCCUCCGGGACCUCCUGCCUGCGUCCCUGGGCAGCUAUUAUCGCUACACAGGCUCCUUGACCACCCCUCCGUGCAGUGAAAUUGUGGAGUGGAUCGUCUUCCAGAAGCCCGUGCCUAUCUCUUACCACCAGCUCGAGGCUUUUUAUUCCAUCUUCACCACGGAGCAGCAAGACCACGUCAAGUCAGUGGAGUAUCUGAGAAAUAACUUUCGGCCGCAGCAGGCUCUGAAUGACAGGGUGGUGUCUAAGUCCGCGGUCCGUGACGCCUGGAGCCACGACAUGGCAGACUUCUUAGAAAACCCACUGGGGACAGAAGCCUCGAAAGGUGGUCCUCUGGCCACCUCCAACGGGAUUCACUGUUCACUCAUCAAGCACUCGAGCGAGGGGCUCAUCCAGGGCCCCUCAGCCGAGAAGCGGCAGAGCCGAGCUGGAGCUUUCCUGGCUGCCCUGGCCCAGCCUG